AUGGGGCCUCUGCUGGUCGUCGUUGCCUCUCUUCUCAUGGCGUCAUCACCACUUCCCGUCCGGGCUGCUACUGCCGUCGUGACCACCAUCUUCGUUGACCACUCGGGUCGUGGGCAGUUCAAGACGAUCCAGGAAGCCGUCAACGCGGUGCCCUCCAACAAUAACCAGUGGAUCCGCAUCCACGUCGCUGCCGGAGUAUACGAGUCCGUCCUCCUCUUUCUCUCACUAGCUACCUCCUUCUCUUUAUCCGAGAGGAUUUGAAGGAAUACAGGAAUCAACGAGUGAAUGUUGCUAACAGGGAGCAAGUGAGGAUACCCGUGGACAAGGGUUUCAUCCUGCUGGAGGGCGAGGGGAGGGACCAGACGUCCAUCGAGUGGGGGGCUCAUGCCACCUUGAUGACCAGCGAUCCCGACAGCGCCACCUUUUCCCUGCUGGCGGAAAGCUUCGUCGCAAAGCGGAUUACCUUCAAGGUGAGUUUGGCGCCCACCAGCAAUGCUUCAAUCUGUCUCUGGCUUUGAUGUUUCGCUCGUGGUUUCCCUCUUUUCAACACGAGGAGAUGAAGGGUUGAGGGGGGGGGAGAGAGAGAGAGAGAGAGAGAGAGACCAUUGAGACCUUACUCCGGUAUGCUAAGCGCUGAGAAUACUUAACACGAUGGGAGACUGAUUCUAGCUGUUGUCGGCUUGGGCUAGCUGGAACCAGAAAUAUUUGAUACAUUCGUAAGAGUAACUGUGGAUUCGAUGAUGGCAGAACACCUACAGCGGUGUUACCAUGGCCCCGGCGCUGGCGGCCAUCAUAUGGGCGGACAAGGCCGCCUUCUAUGACUGCAGCUUCGUCGGCUUCCAGGACACCCUCUGCGACAUGUCCGGCCGCCACUACUUCAAGGAUUGCCGUAUCGAAGGCGCCGUCGACUUCAUCUUCGGCAUUGGCCAGUCCAUCUACGAGGUAAACCCUAUCUUAUUAAGUCUCCAUCUUCACUCCCUCUGUUCCUCUGAGUAGAGAAGAACCCUGGGUUCCUUCAGGAUAUCCCUACCCCGCCUUCUUCCUCUCUCUUUCUCUCUCUCUCCGUCUCUUAUUGUCGCUGCUGGGCAGAGAUGCACUCUGGUUUCCUUGGGCGAUGGCUGGAUUACUGCUCAUGGAAGAAGCAAUCCAUUCGACCCCAGCGGAUUUGUCUUCAAGCACUGCACCAUUACGGGGAUCGGCAAAACCCACCUCGGAAGAGCUUGGGGACCCCUGUCUACAGUGGUCUUCUUCCAUACUUUCAUGUCGGACAUUAUCGUGCCCGAGGGGUGGCAAGCUUGGUUCAACGCCCGACACCUGUAAGCCUCCUUCCCUCCCCUUUCCCUCUCUCUCUAAAACUAACUACAACCUAUUUCAGGUCAGAAAUUACCUACGUAGAGAGCAGCUGCACGGGGCCUGGGUCGAACACCUCAUCUCGGGUCAGCUGGGAGAAGCAGCUCACCAAUGCCGAUCUGCUGAAGUACAUCAGCAUGGCGUACAUCAACCACGAUGGAUGGCUCGAGAAGUUGCCGUGA